AUGUCCGCGGCCGGCGCUGAGGAGCCUCCGCCAUGCGUGUUGCUGCGCAACUGCACCAUCGUUCAGGCGGGCGGCGCGGGGGUCGUUGCUGACGUGGACGUGCGCGCGGCGCAGCAUGUGUUGGUUCAGGGCAAGCGAAUCGCGUUCGUCGGCGACGCGCUGCCGUCCGACCUGCUCGCGCCGCUGACGGCGUCGCGGCCACCAGUGGUGAGCCUCCCUUCCCCCUGUCGCAUCCCCCUCCCUGUCGCGUCCCCCUCCCUGUCGCGUUAUCUGCUCCCCGGCCUGUGCGGCGCGCACGUGCUCGUCACGGCGGCAGCUUCCGCGGAGAUCGACCUGGCGGGGCGCUACCUGCUCCCCGGGCUGUGCGACGCGCACGUGCACGUGACGGCGGCGGCGUGCGCGGAUCUUCACUUGCUGGCGGCGCUGCCGGUGUCGCUGGUGGCGUGCCGUGCUGCUAAGGGGCUGCACGCCAUGCUCAUGCGCGGCUUCACCACCGUGCGCGAUGCUGGGGGGUGCGACCAGGGGCUGGCUCAGGCAGUGGAAGAAGGCACGGUGGUUGGUCCGCGCAUCCUCAUAUCAGGCCACGCCCUCUCCCAGACGGGCGGUCAUGGGGACAUGCGCAAGCCCUCCCAUGAUACCCUUCCUGUCGCCGCCCCCUCCUCAUUCUCCCUCUGCGCCUGCUCCUCUGCUGCCUCCGCUGUUGGAGGCCUGGGCAUCGGCCGGGUUUGCGACGGCGAGCCGGAGGUUCGGCGGGCGGUUCGGGAGGAGAUUCGGCGGGGGGCGCGGCAGAUCAAGGUGAUGGCGUCGGGCGGUGUAUCGUCACCGUCGGAUCGCGUGGAGAGCGUUCAGUUCUCGGAGGGGGAGAUGCGGGCAGCGGUGGAGGAGGCGGAGGCGCAGGGCACGUAUGUGAUGGCGCACGCUUACAUGGCACGCGCCAUCAAAAGGGCGGUGGCGUGUGGUGUUCGGAGCAUUGAGCAUGGCAAUAUGCUGGACGAGGAAGCAGCCGACCUCAUGCUGCAGCGAGGAAGCUUCCUGGUGCCCACGCUGGUGACGUACGAGCGGAUCAAGCAGGCGGGGCAGCAGAGCGGCAUGGAUGGCGGCAUCGUUGCCAAGGUGCAGGACCUGCUAGAGAGGGGUCUUGAAGCCGUGGCUCUGGCAGAACGGAAGGGUGUGCCCAUGGUCUUUGGCUCGGACCUGCUGGGUCCCAUGCAGUCACACCAGCUGCAGGAAAUUGCCAUCCGCAGCAAGGUGCAAUCGCCAGCGUCGAUCCUUCGGUCUGAAACAACCUCAGCUGCACGGCUUUUUGGAAUGGAAAGAGAAAUUGGGGUUGUGGCGGUUGGUGCGCUUGCGGAUUUGAUUGUGUUGGAUGGGAAUCCAUUAGAAGACAUCAGCAUAUUGACUGAUUCUAAGGACGGGAGCGGUCGCGGGUCGGGGGAAAACGGCGGAAGCAGCGGGCCGGGAAUAGCGGAAAUCAAGUCAGUCGGGGGAGACGGGUGGGGGUUGGCGAAGCGGGCGUUUCAGCGAGGAGUUGCGAAAGUAAAAUCAGCGGCGGCGGCGGCGGCUGCUGCGGCGAUAAACCUGGACGGCCCUCCGCGGCGCCGCCCCGACGUGCACUCCGCAGCGGUCCAGGAAUUCUCGCGGUUCCUCAAAGACUCGCACCGGAGAUUAAUCUCCUCUACCGGGCUCCCCGCGUCGCGGAUCGUGCACAGCUACCGCUACCUCAUGAACGCGUUCUCGGCGCGAUUGACGGCGGCGGAAGCGGAGAGUCUGAAGAAGCAGGCGUGGGUGGAUCGGGUGGAGCGCAGCCAGAUGGUGCGCGCGGCGACGACGCACUCGCCCGACUUCCUCAACCUGCCCAGCAAAGUCUGGCCGCAGCUGGGCGGGGAGAGCCGCGCGGGGGAAAAUGUGAUUAUAGGCCUGAUUGACUCGGGUAUUUGGCCGGAGCACCCGGCAUUUUCGGACAAGGUGAACUUUCCUUCCCCGCACACGCGCUUUGUCCGUUUCCGCUCAACCUCGCUCCGCUCCUUGGUCUCCGUUACUUCUUUCGCCGACCUUAACUCUCCCAGUCAUCCCAAUUGCCCCAAUUGCUUGCGCUUACCUGUCCGCGCGCAGACCAGCACCCCGUACGGCCCGCCGCCCAGCCGGUGGCGCGGGGGGUGCAACACGACGGCCGACUUCCCGCGGUGCUCGCAGAAGAUCAUCGGCGCGCAGUGGUUCGUGGCGGGGCUCAAGGCGGAGGGCGGGCGCAUCGACACGAGCAUCGAGUUCCUGUCGCCCCGCGACGCCAACAGCCACGGCAGCUGGUGUGCUGGUGCCGUGAUACGCGUGUUUCCGUUCGACCCUCCGCCAACCCUUCUCGGCCUCCCCACUCUUCCCCCCAGAGCGGCAGCGGGCAACGCCGUGCGCGUCAAGUCGGGCGCGCAGCCCUUGGGCACGGCGCGCGGCAUGGCGCCGCGCGCGCGCUUGGCAAUAUACAAGGCGCUGUGGUUCGACGGGCAGGUGGCGAUGGGCAGCGAGGCUGACGUGUACAAGGCCGUGGAUCGCGCCGUGGCGGACGGCGUUGAUCUGCUCUCCAUGUCCGUCGCCUUCAGCGACGAAAACUACUUCAAACACCUCCCGCUCAUGCGCGCCGCGCAGGCGGGCGUGCUACCAGUGCUGGUGGCCGGCAAUCUCAAGGCCCCGCCCGACACCGACGACGGACAGUACCGCACCAUCCGCAACGCGUCGCCCUACUACCUCACCGUCGCCGCCAGCACGACGGACAGAGCGUGGCCGCCACAAGCCACGCUGAGGCUGCAGGACGGCGCAGCCACCACCGCCGCCGCCAGGACCGCGGGUGGGCGGAGAGCCGCCGCCGCGGGUGGCGAUGACGGCGAGGGAGUGAGCGCGGAGGGGGUGACGGUGGUGGGGGUGACGUACCACGCGGGCACGGCGCACACCGUGAACCUCUCGCUCGUUGACGGCGCUGCUGCCGCCAACAGCAACGUCACGUCCCUCAUGCAGGCGCGCAUGUGUCUGCCCGGCACACUCUCCCCCGCGCGCGUGGCGGGGCGCAUGGUGCUCUGCGAGGCGGGGGGGACGACGCCAGAGGCCAAGGCGGGGGAGGUGCGGAGGGCGGGGGGGCGCGCGAUAGUGAUCGCGUCCGCGUCCGCCACGGCGGGCAGCGUGGGGGAGGGGUACUCGCUCGACUUGCCGUCGCUGGUGGUCAACCGCACCAUGUCGCAGGCGCUGCGCAGCUUCCUCAACAGCUCCAGCAGUCCCCGCGCCACGCUCUCCUCGCUCUCACUGCAGGCCAACCAGGUGGCGCCAGUCAUGGCGCCCUUCUCCUCCACGGGCCCCGUAGUCGACCCCAACCUCCCCCCCGGCCACUCCCCCGACGGCUUCACCAACGACAUCUUAAAGCCCGACAUCACCGGCCCGGGAGUCAACCUGCUCGGCCCCAUGGCGUCGGGGAAACACGGGGAAGCCGCGUACCAGCUGCUGUCAGGAACGUCCAUGGCGGUGCCUCAUCUGGUGGGCAUCGCGGCGCUCAUCAUGCAGAAGUACCCCAGCUGGAGCCCGGCAGCGGUGAAGUCGGCGAUUAUGACGACGGGCACGGUGUUCAACAAUCGCAACGAGCCCAUUCGCACGUCCGCGGGGCACCGCGCGACGCCGUGGAAUUUCGGGUCGGGGCACGUGGUGGCGGCGAGGGCCAUGGACCCCGGGCUGGUGUACAACGUGGGCGCCAAGGGCUACAUGGCGUUCCUCUUUGGGAUCAACUUCAGCUCGGCGAGUAAAUACUUCCAGCACGAGCAGCAGCAGCCGCAGAAGGGAGGCGGGCGGACUGUGAUCAAGGCGUAUGAUCUAAAUUUACCGAACAUCUGCGUGUCUAACCUGGUGAGGCAAGUCACGGUGAUUCGGCGCGUGACGAACGUGGCUCGGCAAGCGUCGCGAUACCGAGCGCGGGUGGUGCCACCUAAGAAUGUCCGAGUGGUGGUGUCGCCGGGAGCGUUUACGAUUGCGCCGGGCGCAUCGCAGGUGUUUUCAGUGACGUUCACGGUGGUGCAGGCGACAAGGGCGUUCUCGUUCGGCAGCCUCACGUGGGUGGAUGGCACGCACCGAGUGAGGUCUGUGCUGGCCGUGCAGCCCGUUCAGGCGUGA